AUGGCAGGGUUAAGGACAUUUGAUGCGUUUCCCAAAACGGACGCACAACAUGUCAAAAAAUCAUCAAAAGGUGGCUUUACUUCAAUCCUGACAUAUCUUUUCCUAGCGUUUAUCGCAUGGAGCGAGUUUGGGAGUUUUUUUGGUGGAUAUAUCGACCAGCAGUAUGGGGUCUCGAAUAAUCUGCGAGAGACAGCGCAAAUAAACAUGGAUAUCUUUGUGCACAUGCCGUGCGAGUGGCUGACUGUGCUUGUCCAGGACCGUACCGGUGACCGUAAGCUUGUGCAAGAAGAGCUGUCUUUGGAGGACCUGCCUUUUUAUCUGCCUCCUGGUACAGUAGUGGACGGAAGAAACGAAAUACGAUCUCCGGGCCUAGACGAGAUUUUAGCAGAAGCGAUCCCUGCAAAGUUCAGAGAAAAGUUGGAUUUUUCAGGUGUCGCUGAUGGUCAAGAGUUUGACGGGUGCCAUAUCUUUGGAUCCAUUCCUGUCAACAUGGUAAAAGGUAGUUUGCUGAUCACUGCGCGAGGCUACAGCCUUGGGGACUUUAGAAGGACUCCUCCAGAUCUCAUUAACUUCUCUCACGUCGUCAAUGAGCUGUCUUUUGGCGACUUCUACCCGUUCAUCGAUAACCCACUUGACCAGUUAGGAAGACUCACUAACGAUCCACGCACAAGCUAUCACUACCAGACCUCCGUGGUUCCCACAACGUUUAAGAAGUUGGGUGCCAAAGUUGACACCAAUCAGUACUCACUCAGUGAGAGCGAGUACACAGUAACAGAGUUCAACAUGCGAAUUCCUGGUAUCAUGAUCACCUAUAACUUCGAGGCUUUAUCAAUCACCAUCAGUGAUGAGAGAAUUUCUUUCUGGCAGUUCAUCGUCAGACUAGUGGCCAUCCUAUCAUUCAUUGUUUACACGAUAUCCUGGACAUUUAGGCUCACCGAUAAGGUUCUGGUUCUGGUUCUAGGUCCUAGAUGGUCUCUUCGCUAUCAAAGUGAUGGUAGACAAAAUACCGGUAUUUUGGAAUGA